AUGUUCCCCGAUUUCAACGCCCAUUUGCAUGAGUACUAUCGGAACAAGCAAACUCCCACCAACCCAGGAUUCACGGAUUACCUAUCCUUAAGACGACUAAAACAUGAUCUGAGGGGACCUGAGAGACGACGACAGAGCGACCAGCCACCCUCUUCAAAACUGAUUGGAUUAUUGCCUGAUCGUCCUCUAGCCGAAUACCUGAUGCGAUCAUACUUCUCAACCUUCGAGACAACAUUACGCAUACUGCACGUCCCAUCAUUCAUCAGCGAAUGGAAUGCGUUCUGUGAUCGUAGCGUAUCCCACGCUGACGGAUUGCUUAAUAACAAGUCUGACAUCUUUAUCGCAAAACUCCUGAUGUUAAUGGCAUGCGCCAGCUGCUUCGCUACCGAGAACACAGAACCACUGGCAUCAGCAGGCUUCAGCCCGCAGUCACUGAUACAGACAUGUCAUACUUGGAUCUCAGCAGUCACCACAUGGCUAGCAGCCAUGACAAGCCACGCCCAACUGAAUCUGGAUGUGAUCCAGAUCAAAUGCCUACUGCUCCUUGCACAGCAAGCAACCGCCCAAGAUGGCGAUCUUGCCAGCCUAGCAUCCGGCUCACUACUCCGCGAAGCGCUGCUCAUGGGCCUUCAUCGGGAUCCAUGCAAUUUCCCCAACGUCUCCCCAUUCUGGGCUGAACUGCGCAAACGUCUCUGGCUGACCAUCAUCGAGCUGGAGCUCCAAGCCUCUCUGUACAGUGGGAUACCAUUGGCAGUAUCAUGGGACGAAUUUGACAGCCCUUUGCCAUCUGACAUUGACGAUGAGGACAUUACCAUCGACUCGCUCCAUCUACCUCCCUCGAGGCAAUCGAAUACCCUAACCAGAACAUCCUUCCAGAUUGCUCUAGCGCAGACACUAGAGACUCGAAUAGCUAUAUCCAAAAUGGUCAAUCGGGUACGCCUGAGCGCGACUUACAACAAUGAAGUCACCACCCUCAGCGAACGCCUGACAACAGGACUGGCGCAGGCUCCAGCAGACCUUCGAGACGACACCAGUACAUCACCCUCACCUAAUGACAGCAGCGUCAACACACUGUUCCGCCGCUCAUUCUUCCUCUUCUUGCACUACCGCAGCCUCCUUGCCCUCCACCGACCCUUCUUCCUGCGCUUCACAGAAACCCAACUCGACCAGGAACCCUUCAUAUUCUCGCGACGAGUUUGCGUCCAGACCAGCCUAGCUUUGCUUUCUCAGCUAGAGCGCUUUCCACACCACUGCCCCAACAACAACCAGCCAUCAGCACCACUACCUAACAACGACAACCAAUUCUCCCCACACAUACACCACCUCAAAGGCGGCCUCUUCCGCGACGACCUCUUUCACGCGGCAGCAACAAUCUGCUUCGAGCUACGCUUACAAACCAAAUCCCAUGACCGAGUAUUCAAUAUACCUUUUCCGGGGAGUAGUAGUAUCUCGAACUACAUGGAUCAAAGCGUGUAUUAUCAGCGGCUGGCGCUGUUCGAGAGCGUGGAGAACACGAUUAGGUAUUUUGAGGGGAAGGUGAGAGUGGAGAAGAGGGCGACGAAGAUGUUUAGUAUGUUGACGAUUCUUUUUAUGGUGGUUAGGAGUGAGAUGGUAGCUGUUAAGGAUGGAAGUAUAGAUGGGGGUGGGGGUGAGGAGACGGUGCCGUUGGGUGUCGAUGAUGCAUGUCCGGUUGCUUCGAGGAGGUGUAGAGAUGUGUUAUUGGAGGGACAUCAACGUCAGGAUGAGGGGAGAGGAAUAGGACACUUUGCGGAGGGAGAGGGUGGUGGGGUAUAUCAAGUGGCAAAGUCUUCGCAAACGCAAGGUUUGAAACUAGAUACAGCUGUAGAUGCGUGUCAUCAUACGAAUGCCCCGCGGCCAGUGGCUUGGGAUGAUGCUGCAGCUGAUGAUCUGAGACAGCUUGACUUCGACUGGUGUUUCGCGCUUGAUCCGCUGUCGCCUUAUCCGAUAAAUAAUUGGGCGGAUUUGGAUCCUCUAAUAAUGUGA